AUCAGAACCCUAACACUAGUUCUUCCCUCUUCGUUAUCUUUUUGCUCCCAAUCCCUAGCUCUGAAAAUAUAGGGUUUUUUAAUACCCUCGUUUUAUCCCUCUCCCUCUCUCGAUCUCGAAACCCCAAAUCCCCGUUUCUUCUCGUUUCCUGCUCCUUCUCAACUGAAAUCUAGGUUUUUUUUUUUCCUUUGUUUUUGUUUGCCAUUGGAGGACUAUUGAGAGAGGGGAUUGAUUUCUCUAUCAGCAUUAAAGGGCAAAGGGCAGGAGAAUCGAGGAGAGAGAUAGAGUGAGGAAGCAGAAGGAUUUCAACAUGUACAGAGAUCGAGGUGGAGGCGGAUCGAGGCCGGAGAUUGCUUCUAUUGAUCGGAAGCGGAUCAAUGAUGCGUUGGACAAGCACCUCGAGAAAUCGUCGCCUUCGACUUCCAAGGGGUUGAAUGGCAAGGAUAAGGAGAGGUUGUCUGUGCCGUCCACCUCUGCUGGGAAGCUGCCGCCGGAUCACAGGGACGGACGGUCCGCGUCCAUCGCCAAGAACAAAUGCUCUGAUGCAGCAGAAGAAUCUGAUACAGACAGUGAAGAAUCAGACGUCAGUGGUUCCGACGGGGACGACACAUCUUGGAUUUCUUGGUUUUGUAAUCUGAGAGGGAAUGAGUUCUUCUGCGAAGUCGAUGAUGAGUAUAUCCAGGACGAUUUUAAUCUUUGUGGACUAAGCAGUCAAGUUCCUUAUUAUGACUACGCCCUUGAUCUGAUUUUGGAUGUUGAAUCUUCUCAUGGUGAUAUGUUUACUGAAGAACAAAACGAGUUGGUUGAAUCAGCAGCAGAGAUGCUCUAUGGUCUUAUUCAUGUUCGAUAUAUAUUAACCAGUAAAGGGAUGGCUGCAAUGCUAGACAAAUACAAGAACUACGAUUUUGGUAGAUGCCCAAGAGUUUACUGCUGUGGACAGCCCUGUCUUCCAGUCGGUCAAUCAGAUAUUCCUCGAUCGAGUACUGUCAAAAUUUACUGUCCAAAAUGUGAAGAUAUUUAUUAUCCAAGAUCCAAGUACCAAGGCAACAUCGAUGGAGCUUAUUUUGGCACCACAUUUCCUCACCUGUUCAUGAUGACCUAUGGUCACCUCAAGCCACAGAAGGCGUCUCAGAGCUAUGUUCCAAGAAUAUUUGGCUUCAAGAUUCACAAGCCUUGAAAGGUUUGCGUUGGUUAGUCCACCACAUGUCAUUGGGUAAGAAUUCACAAAAGUUUCAAUUUUUAUGCUUGCUUCUAUUGAUGAGGAGCAGUUCCUUGUCUUAUGAGUUCCACCCUGGCACACAAGUUCAGAAGAGGCUGGAAAAUGCAACCACGCCCCUUAAAUAUUUUUUGGAAAUAUUUGGAAAGCGAAUUGAUUACUUGUCCAGCUGUAGCUUCUUUUUUAAUUUAUCUGUAUUCACUAUUUACAGAGCCUUGUAAGCUUUCAAUGGUUGAGAAUUCAGAGCGCCAUGCAUUGUGGGGUUGUUGGUUGGGUUUCCUUUUGGAUAUUUUAUUUCACACGUUUGUGUACCCAAUAUCCACGAUAAUCCCCAACAUUUGCAUUUGCCCAGAUUUUUAAUUUGCCUGUUUUCCUUAUUUUCUUGUAAAAUGGAUCUGUACCACGAAACUGAAAUACUGUAGAUGGUCUUCAGAGUUGCUUUAUUUCCUUUUUGGAUGCCCA